AUGGCACAAGUUACUGGUGAUCCUCCAGAUGCUGAGAUCUCUGGACCUGCAUCUAAAAAGUGUCCAAUUACCGAACCACAAGAUUCUGAUGAAGGCCGCAUGAGCCCUGUCACACAAAUGAAAGGUGUGGCAGGAAGAGAAAAUGAGCAGCGGUCAGGCUCUUCCCAGCAGGCAAUUGAUGAUAAUUUUUUAGCAGACGAGCCCAUCGAGGAGGACAGUGAGGAGGAAAUCGAAGACGAUUUGGAGGAGCCCAAGUCCUUAUCAGCUGAAACACCAGUGUUUGUUUCAAGGUCGAAAGCCAAACAUGCUAAUUUCAUUUUGACCCAACCAACCUGGCCUUCCACAACCACCUCAAAGAAGCUGAUACAGACAGUUGAACCAUUCCCCUUCCCAUCGUCUCAACCAAGGACUACCAAGAUAAACAAAACUCAGUCUGCACGUGAUCAUAAACGAGCAAAUGAGACACCUGUCUGGGCAGAUACUCAAGUUGUCGUGUCGGACGAGGAACCUGAGCUGAUGCGGACUGCUGAAUCAUUCCCCUUCCCAUUGUCUCAACCAAGGACUACCAGGACAAAAAAAACUCAGUCUGCACGCGAUCAUAAACGAGCAAAUAAUACACCUGUCUGGGAAGUUGUCAUGUCAGAUGAGGAACCUGAGGCUGCCAUGGCAUCAUAUGACCACAGUGACUCUGAAGAGGACGACCCAGAUGCUCCUAUUGAUCACUCUGGAAGGCCCAAGCUCGUAUGGUCAGACACUGAGGCAAAAGUUCACAUGACAUUUGUCAACGGCUAUCUGGAGCUCAUGGAGAAGAGCUUUUUUACGCAGGAUGCACUCUUAACAGCAGCUCGUGCCUGCGGUGUUUCGCCUAUCCAAGAUUGCCUCAAGAGUGAUGACUCAUAUGUGACAGCUCUCACCAUGCUGGUCGAGGCUCAAGUGCCACUUUUCCACACUGAAUUAAAAGAUGAUGCUUGCACUCAAGUAUCAGCGUAUUAUCGUCUUGGCCCUGACUGUGUCAACACUGCAAAGGCUUUGCUGAUCAACCAUGUCUACCACUAUGAACAACAUUGCAAUGAGAAGAAUGACCCCAUUCUGCAGUCAAAAAAGCCAUACUUUGCUGAUAUUUUACCCUAUCUAAUGAAGGGGCGCUACUUCAAUGGGCUCAAGUCAGUUGGGGUGAAAUUUUCAGACCGCUUCAAGAAGAUUGCAAGCAACAAGGCCCAGCGGCCUGAGGUUACAAUUCCAAUGGUUGCUUUAACCAGUACUUCAGUGUAUGCCGCACUCUUCUGGAAGGCUAAUGGAUCCCCAUCUAAGUUCAAUUUCACUGGCAAUCUAUUCAGCGAGGUCUACUUUUUUCACGUAAAAUUUCUCGAAGACAUGAAGGUGACGGCGCCACAUAAGUUUCACAAGAUGAUGGCUGAUAUUUUUGAGGCUAUCCAGAAACUCUGUACCAGUAGCAACACUGCUUUAGUAGGAUCACACGAGUCUGCAAUGGCUUUCCUCAAUAUCAACGGCAUGGAUGGUGAGGAGUAA